GGAGUUGAGGGAGGCGGUGACCUCAUCGUCGUCGCGAGGCGGAGCGAACCGCUGCAAGUUUGGAUGAACUUCUGAUUUGAACAAACCGAGAGGCGGUCGGCGGAGUGCACGGACAACAACAGACACAAAGGUGAAGAGCCCCAGAGGUUUUCUGCUACGAACUCUUUACAGCCGGUUCGUUUUAUCUUUACCGGCCGUGACGGUUUUUUGUAUGCCGGUGACUGACCAGCGAGAGCGUUAUUUUUCCUCCCGACAGCGCCGACAAGGUGGAAAUUAAUAAAGGGAAGCCUCCUCUGACGACAGUCACACAAGUAGGGGAAACAAUCACGGGAUUAAAGGAAGGCAUAUCCUGGUCAUUGUUCAUCACUGCUGGAUGGAGUCGCCUCUCUGAUCUAAAGGAAACUGUUACUACUUAAAGUUGGGAAAGCUGUCAUCUGUUUGUAGGUCACCUGAGAGCUUUCAGGCCGUGUCAUCUGCAGUUCACCGGCCUUGGCAAGAUACUGGGAUCAUUAGUGCUUUGUGUGUUCAAGAGAUCCAGACACCCACAGUCAAAGGAGAGCCAUACCCUUUUCCCCCCCCAAGGCCAGCUUUCCUUUCUACCUAUGUUCUUUCUCUCUCUGUACUAUUUUACUAGUUCCUGAGUUGGUCCCAUCCAGACUGAAUUGAGUUAUCUUCUAGCAUGGUUGCAAUGCAGACUGCUUUUUAGAGACUUCAGCUGUGAAAGUUCACCAUUAACACAUUUUUUUUCAUCAAGCUUCAGCUCUGUAAAGCACCAAAUGUGUCCAUAACACUUUCUCGUCACUUCACUCCGUGGGCAUUAUGUUGACCCUAAUCUAAACCCAUCAGCAACCCAUCCCUACCUUUCUCUCCCAUCUCCCCUCCCCACACCCUUUCCCAUCUCCAUCAUGACCAGUCUGAAGCGCUCUCAGACAGAGCGCUCGGUCGGGGGCUCAGUGCCGGCUACUGAUGAGUUCUAUACCCGCCGCCUGCGACUGCCCAAUGGAGGGGCACCACCACCCCGCAGUGAGAGCGCCCACAUUUCCUCUUCCUCCAACACUGGCACCAACCCCGGCGUCCCCAAAAUGGGGGUUCGUGCUCGUGUGGCUGAUUGGCCCCCAAGGAAAGAUGGGGGAGGCGGGGGUGUUUGGCAUAUUACCGUGGAAACAGACUCACCCAGCUCUACCAACACCACCAGCUCUUCAGGAUCAGGAAGUGGAGAUAGAGAAAGACUUGGAGGAGGGGGAGGAGGUGGUGGUGGAGGAGGAGGAGGAGGAGGAAGUGGUGGUAUUGGUGGUAGUGGUGGCAGUGGAGGAGGAGGGGUGUCAGCCGUCACAGCUCACAGCAAUCUGUCAGCCAAGCUUGGCCACCUGAUAAGCCCACAGGACUCAUCCAUGCUGCGCAACAUCCACAACACACUAAAGAGCAAGAUGCAGAGCAAAGGAAAGGACAAUCGCUUUCUGUCACCAGAUGGCUAUCUGGGCUCACCUCGCAAAGGCAUGAGGCGCAUCCGCCAGCGCAGUAACAGUGAUAUAACUAUCAGUGAGCUGGAUGGGGAUGGCAAUGAGGGCUGGUCCUUCUCCGGGUGGACACCCAUGCACCGUGAGUAUGGCAGCACUUCAUCCAUAGAUAAACAUGGAGUGUCAGGAGAGAGCUUCUUUGACAUGCUAAAGGGAUACCAGUCCUCUGAGGCCCCUGAUCAGCGAAGCCCAGCUCCAGAGAGGCUAACGGAGCUACUUACCGUGGCCCCAAUAAAACAGGCAGCCCUGGACCUGCCAGAUGGACCUUUAGGUCCAGCCAGAGGUAGUCCUGCCAGUCGGCUGAAGGAACGAGAGAAGCACUUGAAAAGGAGGUCAAAGUCAGAGACAGGUGGAGAAUCAAUAUUCCGUAAACUGCGCAGUGUGAAGGUAGAGGGUGACACAUCGAGGACUGGCUCAGAUGUUGAAGAUGGGGGGAAAGGGGAUGAGAGUGGCCCACCUCCCAAGCCCUGGGUGUGCCAAAAAGGCUUUUCUCAUUUUGAUGUCCAGUCUCUACUCUUUGACCUCAAUGAGGCAAUCCAAAGUCGGCAAUCCGGGUCCAAACGCAAGAACACCACUACUGGUGCCUCGGCUGCUGCAGCUGCCUCUGCUUCGGCCACGUCCUCCCUCUCCUCCAAUCAGAGUGGAGUGUAUGGGUCACCCUGUGGCUCACAGGAGGAGCUGAGCAAGGAGGGGACAGGAGGAGGACACGGUACCAACCCUGCCUUGGACCCUGGUGAUGACAAGAGCAAUGACCUGGUGCUCAGCUGUCCUUGUUUCAGGAAUGAGAUUGGUGGAGAGGGUGAGAGGAACAUCUCUCCUGCUAAACAGCAGGGCAGCAUAGGUAGUGGUGGCAGUUCAAGCAGUUCUUCUGGCAGUACAGAGGAAGGACCUUUGGAUGCCACCCUUACUACUCAUUUUACUAAUGCUGGAGUGGCUGUGUUGGAGGCCUCCAAGGACGGGCCAAGCCAACAUGCUGACAGGUCCAAACGAUACAUUGUGGAACACGUUGACCUCGGCGCCUAUUACUACCGAAAGUACUUCUACCUCAGAGAACACUGGAACUACCUGGGGGUAGAUGAGAACCUGGGCCCAGUGGCAGUGAGUCUGAGGAGGGAGAAGUUGGAGGAAAACAAGGAGCAUGGCCAGCAGUACAACUACAGGGUCAUCUUCAGAACGAGUGAGCUGAAUACCUUGAGAGGCUCCAUCCUGGAAGAUGCAGUACCUUCUACAUCCAAGCAUGGUCUAGCUCGAGGCCUGCCCCUCAAAGAGGUGCUAGAGUACCUGGUGCCUGAGCUCAAUGUCCACUGCCUGCGCCUGGCACUCAACACACCUAAGGUCACUGAGCAGCUGAUGAAGCUGGAUGAGCAGGGGUUGAGUUUCCAGCGGAAAGUGGGGGUGAUGUACUGCAUGGCAGGACAGAGCAGUGAGGAAGAGAUGUACAACAAUGAAUCAGCUGGUCCUGCACUUGAGGAAUUCCUUCAUUUGCUGGGGGAGAGGGUUAGACUCAAAGGCUUCACCAAGUACCGGGCCCAGCUGGACACUAAGACUGACUCGACGGGCACCCACUCCAUGUAUACCACUUACAAGGAUUAUGAGAUCAUGUUCCAUGUGUCUACUAUGCUGCCCUACACACCCAACAAUAAGCAACAGUUACUCCGGAAGCGUCAUAUUGGGAAUGAUAUCAUCACGAUUGUGUUCCAGGAACCCGGGGCACUCCCCUUCACUCCCAAAAACAUUCGCUCACACUUCCAGCAUGUCUUUGUCAUUGUGCGUGCUCAUAACCCAUGUUCCGAGAACAGCUCCUAUAGUGUGGCGGUCACUCGUUCCAAAGACGUGCCCUCUUUCGGCCCCCCUAUCCCAGAAGGCGUGACCUUUCCUAAGUCCUCUGUGUUUCGGGACUUUCUGCUGGCCAAGGUCAUCAAUGCAGAAAAUGCUGCCCACAAGUCACAGAAGUUCCGUGCCAUGGCCACCCGGACACGCCAGGAGUACCUGCGCGACCUGGCUGAGCGCCACACCACCAGCACACCCAUCGACCCCUCGGGAAAGUUUCCUUUUAUCUCAUUGGCCCACAAGAAAAAAGAGAAGAGCCGGCCGUAUGGAGCGGCAGAGCUGCGCAGCCUGGGGGCGGUGACCUGGCUGGUCCACGCUGAGGAUCACGGGACCGGAGGAGAGCUAGAGGCCCUACUGGCCAUAUCCAAUGACUUUCUCAUCCUGUUGGACCAGGAGGCCAAGGCCGUGGUGUUCAACUGUGCCACUAAGGAUGUGAUUGGCUGGACGCUGAGCAGCCCUGCGUCUUUGCAGAUUUUCUACGAGCGGGGAGAAAGUGUGUCUCUGAGGAGUAUCAGUAAUAACACUGAGGAUUUCAAAGAGGUGGUCAAACGUCUAGAGUUCCUGACUAAGGGCUGUGAGACAUCAGAGAUGACGCUUCGUCGAAAUGGCCUGGGGCAGCUCGGCUUCCACGUGAACUAUGAAGGCAUCGUGGCUGAGGUGGAGCCAUAUGGUUACGCCUGGCAGGCAGGACUGCGGCAGGGAAGUCGAUUGGUAGAAAUCUGCAAAGUUGCUGUAGCAACACUGACCCAUGAGCAGAUGAUUGACCUCCUGCGGACCUCAGUGACAGUGCGUGUUGUUAUCAUCCCUCCACAUGAUGAUGCCACUCCACGCAGAGGCUGUUCAGAGCUCUAUCGGCCUGUGUCAGACUACAAGGGCAGCAGCAGCGAUAGUGGCUCCUUCGAAUACAAGUUCCCCUUCCGCAGCAACAACAACAAGUGGCAGAGGACAUCCAGCAGCCCUCAGCAGUCACUGACUGCCUCGCCACAGCCCCACACGCCCAAUCGGGCCAUCAGCCUGGGUAGCUCAGUGGGGAAAACCUUGUCAGCUGAGAGGCUGGAGAGGGGCGCAGUCAUCCCACGCAGUGUCAGCAGUGAUGGCCGGCCCCUGGACACCAAGAGGAUGUCUCCGGGCAGUGAGAGCUAUAGCCUGGCCUCCUCCCUGGCGUUGGGUCGUUCCCCUCACAAUCGCAGCUCUCCCAGCAACCUGUCUUGUUCCAGUGACGCCUCCGGAAGCUCUGCUCACUGGAGACAGAAGUCCAUGCCUGAGCAGUUUGUAAGCAACCGCCACUCUCCGAUGUCUGCGGAGAGACGAGAGGUGGUUGGAGAGGGCGGGUCCAGUGGAAAGUCAACUCCCAAUUGGUCGAGAAUGGAGGAAGGGGGAGCCGAACGAGGGUCAACAGAGGCUCCAGUCUCCAAGUCUGGUCAAGGCUACUCUGGAGCUCCCCGCAUCCAGAGGCAGGAGCAGGUCAUCCAUCUGUCCCCGAAGAAGGGCAGCCAGUCGGAUGGCCCUUACUCUGGGCACUCCAGCAGCAACACUCUAUCCAGCACAGCUUCUAGCGGGGGCCACAGCGACAGCGAUAAAUGGUACGAAAUGGGAGCGGGUGGAGGCUCCAGCGGUGACCAGGGUGAAACAGAGCCCAACGGCCUGGGAGGAGGAGGCUACCUCCAGGGGGCGUCAGCUGACAGCGGCAUCGACACCAGCUCUUAUGGAGCCCCUCACCACACUCACCCCCAUUCUCAUCAUGGCAGCACCACCUCCCUGCUGGCACCCAGUGGAGGCAGAGAGAGCAGGGAACAGCGGUCAGCAUCUCCAUGGCACAGCCCCACCGAGGGAGGCCGCAGGAUGCUGGAGAGGUCGCCUGCUGCUGCCGAGUCUCCAGGCCCUCCGGGAGAAAGGAGUCUGGAUGGGACAGGCCGAACACCACCUACUCAUCUCCUCGUUAGAGACAGCAGCACCUACAGUCUGAGUGACGCUGGAUCACACUCGAGUGCCAGGCACUCAGGCCACAGUUCCCCAAGAGAGGAGUCCUCCUCUUCAGCCACCUCCCCGUCAUCCCAGUCCUCUGCGUCCCCUGGGCCCAAGAGCUUCUACCCCCGCCAGGGAGCUCAGUCCAAGUACCUGAUUGGCUGGAGGAAGCCCGGUUCCACCAUCAAUUCUGUCGACUUUGGAGACACACGCAAGAAAUCUCCAGGAGAGGGUGGAGUGGAGGUUGUUCCAACCCCAGCAGCUAGGCCCUCUCUUCGGGAUAUGCACUCACCCCAGCCUCAUGCCAAAUCUACUAUGGAGGAAGAUGUGAAGAGACACAGUGCCCCAGACAGCCCUCCACCACCACGAAGACAUAAGGAAAAGCACGGCCAGAAAUCACCACCAGGCCAGCCUCUCAGCCGCCGUCGCUCACUCCAUCGCACCCUGUCAGAUGAGAGUAUCUAUCGUGGCCAGCGCCUUCCUUCCCUGGGCGACUCAGUUACUGAACCAGCACUCGGCACUGAUGUUCUCUUCAGCUGCUCCACCCUCCCACGCUCACCCACGACCCGCGGUGUUCCCCUCCGACGGCCCUCCUAUAAGCUGGGAGUCAAACUCCAUGGUGACCUUUCGGCAUCUGACACAUCAUUGGUGGAUUUGGUGGAGCGUCAUCGUGGACCUAUCCCCCAGGAGCUGAUGCCCCUCCCGUCUUCAGACAGGGACAGCCCCCUGGAGUGGACACACCUUGUGGAUGUGGCCAAUACAUUUGAGAGUGAAAGAAACCCACACUACGUCCAGAGAAGUUAUGUGUUUGGAGAUUCAAACCACCGAAGCAGCGGUGCCUCCAGUCCCCAACAACCCCAUAUAGAGCUGCAGCCUGCUCCACUGUCACGGCCGUCAUCUAGUGAGGGUCACAUAGGGCUGGAGAGGAAGGUGACUAAGCUGGAGGCCAUGGUGAAGAUGCUCCAGGAGGACCUGAAGAAGGAGCGUGAAGAGAAGGUGAGACUUCAGGCUCAGAUCAAGAGGCUCUGGGAGGACAACCAGAGACUGCAGGAGGAGUCCCAGACCUCUGCUGCCAAGCUCAAGAAGUUCACCGAGUGGGUCUUCAACACCAUUGACAUGAAUUGACUCCGACCUGCACAUUUUAACUCACACACGCACGUACACAAAUGCAUACAUCAGCACACACAGUCUGGACAGAGAGGCAGAGGGGGAUCGACACUGACAAAAAAUUGUGCACAACAAAAGUGGAGACUUGUUGUUGUUGUUGGACCCAAUUAGCCUGAUGCUGAACCCUCCAACCAUCUUCCAUUGGCUUCAAACAUCAGCGGGUAAUAUUGUCGACCAGUCUCAGUCUCCACAAACCCUCUUCUAAACUUCUCAGGAUGAGACUCAAGAAAAAUGGGUGUCGUUUAUGAAGGACUGACCUCUACUUUCCAAUGGGACCAUGAGAGCUUGCCGAAUAUAUCUUUCUCUCAUCUUGCUGUGCCAAAAUCUUUUUCACAAAAUUGCCAACAAAGAGGAAGUUGUUCCCCUCCCAACUCUUUCUAAAUAAGUCAGCUUUGCCUCUUCCUGAUGUGGACGUAAAGAAUCACCAGACCCCCCCUGCCAUGCUUUCUCAGUGGAUGUGCUUCUCUUUUUGGGACAACCUACAGUAGAUAUCUGGCCUUUUAUGUUAUUGCUUUGUUCCUUUUUUCAAUUAUUUUAAUCAAAUGUUUCCCAGCUUUUUUGAAAGGUGACUUGGGUCUUUUGUCCCAAAUCAAACCCGCCACAGCAGAGGGUAGCAGAGACAUCCAUGUGACUUAAAAGAAGAAGUCUCUGAAAUGCCAUGCAAAGUCAGACAGGUACGCUACAAAUCUGCCAGCACAGGCACUUGGAGUUUGCUGUAACACAAACACACACAUAAUAAAUCUUAAGCCACAAGACCACUGGACACAGGAGAGGUUUUCAUUUCCUUCACAUGUAAAUGGAGAGUAAAGAAGUUUUGUGUUUUCUCUCCUCAAAGCUUCUGUCCACUGAAGGGUUGUCGUGGCUGUUUGUCCAUCAGCCACUGAGAUGGAAGCAGGUCGAUCCGCCUCAACAUGAGGGAAACCUGGAUUUGUACAGUGUUUUUUUUUUUUUUUUUUUUCUCACCAUUUCUUCUCCUAUAUGUCACUCAGAUGUGGAUUACAGCAUCCUGUCUGUCUCUACAGCACAAACCAACACCCAACGGAGGAGUAUAUUUAUAAGCCAUCGGCAUGUGGUGCCAUAAAACAUGACUAAUAUCCAGAGUGCUUUGGUCCAUCCAAAUUGUAUGUGUCUCAAAAGCAAUAGGAAGAAGUCAGGACUCCUAUAUCUCUAAAAAAAAAAGGAGAGUUUGCUCUGCGAAGAAGUUCGAUGUGGGAAAAGAUGUUUUAAAGGUUGAUCUUAGAAGAAACCAGUCUCUGCUGCACAAGAGCCUCCAUCCUCGUCCAUUAAAGCAGUGAACAUAGUGCUUUUGGGAAAAAGGAAAGUGAGGACUCCACUCAUCAUCCCACUGUCUGGAAUACAGAGAGCCAGCUGAUGGCAGAGACAUUUUUGGGAGGGAAAAGUAAGGGGGGGGCUUUUUUCCCAGGUUAAUUUAUUUCCUUGUAUUAUAAUUCCAAUAAAUAAGUUGUUCUAUUCGUAUAGUACAACUGACAUCAGUGUUUAGUUCCUCAAGAAAAAGGUCACUAGCUAUAUUAUUUAAAUGGCUUUCUUUCUUAAUUCUGGCUAAAGCCAGACUAUAUGCUUUUUAUUCUGUAUUAUGUUGUAUUUUGUGGUGCCCAAGCCUGCUGUUGUGUUGCUUACAGUGCCCUCUAGUGAUGACCAGUGGAAAUGUCAUGAUUAUUAAAUGUGCUGCCAGUCACUCUGUAUUUUUCCAACGACUCCUCAGCAAUCAGUCAGACAUCGACCGGGAGGCCACACAAACACAGAACAGGAAAAAAAAUCAGAAGCCAGCUUUGAGAGACAAUCAAAGGUUGAUUUUUGAUAAGGGAGCAGACCUUAGGUGUACUUGUGUGUAUGUGGGUGUGUAUGUUAAAUUUUAACAUCUAUAGUUUGCCUCAAGUUGGGUAUUUGUUGGUGAUGUGAGGAUCUUUUUAGAAAGUAAAUCAACAAAAAUUACUUACAUGGUUAGAUUAAAAUACUCCAUGAUAAAAGAGAGCUACAUUACCUACUGUACCAGUGGCAGUGUGUGUUGUCAUAGUGUGAAUGUACAUCAGUCUAUCCAGCCGUGCCUACAGUCACUUAUUUUGGUCAUUUACUCCCAGGCAGAGCAGGGACGUGCCUUUGAAACAGCACCUGGGGAACAGAUGAAAGGGAAAGGCUCUUCUUCAUCCUGAAAUAUGAACACACCUGGUAACAUACACUCACCUUACACACUUAUUAGUCUUAAUCAACUUCAUACUCACAGAUGUAGACUGUGCCUCAUAAAUGCUCGUCAGCCUUUCUCUUGUUCAUAUGAAUAUUUUUACUGGACCACAAUCAGGCUGGCCAGCCUUGAGACACAGGGUGUGUGAAGUGUAUGGAAAUGUGUCUGUGUGUGUGCCUUUGCAUUCAGUUACAUGCAGUAUAUCUUUUAGUGCAGCUGGCCCCUGUAAUAAGAGUGUAUUGGAAGUAAAUUUCCCUAAAAUCACAAAGCUAAUUACAACACAAGCAGGAGCCACAAAGUUAUUUCCUCAGCCAGGUGUCUGACACAACUACAGGAGUGUUGGGGUUAUUUCAGGUCGCUAACGUGAGCAUGUACAUUGAAACUGUUGUUCACAAACGUGGUGUAAGCCUUAAUUCCCUGUCGAAGCCCUUUGAUGAAAAAACACUCCCAGUUUUUGAAUCUCUUAAAGUAAAUUUGUAUCUUAAAUUGAUGCAAUUAAAACCCUGCAGCAUAUAGCACAAAACGGCACCCGGUCUGAAUGUAAAGAAGAAUAUAAACAAGCCUAAAGAAAUGUGAUGUUUACUAUAACUGACAUUCAGCUCUGCAGUUUUGCAGGGAGAUGAGUGGACUCAUAACAAAAAGAUGUAGAAGUCUUGGUUCUGUUUUAAGAAUCUCUUGUCCGUCUGUAUGGACGGUAACAACACCAGUGAACAGUCAAUAGCUCAAGUAUUUCUCUUGGUGAGAUGAUUUGGUUGUUUUAACAAGUUGGCCAGUUGUGGAAAAGCAGUCUAGCAGUCAUCCAGUAAUGUGAAAUCCUCAAAAUAUACACAAAAUAUGAGUCAUGUAGGCAGAAAUGUUCUCAAUCCAGGAAGUUUUGACUGUAAAUUGUAUGUCGAUGCUUAAAUGAUGACUAAUAGGUAAUGUUUUACUGUACAUGGCUCUAGUUUUUUGUAUUUCAAAUGAAGUAUGGCCAAACUGCUCGCAUCUUUAAAAGUGUGCAUCAAGGUGGAUGUUAGAUACAGUUUUCAACCUUAUACAAAGACAUAAACACACACACAUCAUUCUAGUUACUCCAGUGUGAAUGUUGAGUUAUUUUACAGUGCAAAUAGUUUUUUCUUUCCUCAGCUUUGUUUUUGGUGCUUUUCAGAAGGAUAUGGGAAAUGUGAAUGUUCAGAUGUUCAAUUAUUCCAUUUUGUAAUAUCUUUUAUUUUUAAGAACCUUUGCACAAUGUUUUAUAAAAAGGAUUGUGUUUACAGGUUUUGGAUAAAAAGAGUGAUUUGAUCCGUUCCUAUGUAAUCUUGUCUAGAUGUUGCUCCGUAGUUUUCCUGCCAGUGCAGUUCCCGACAAACAGAGGAAGGUGCUUGACUUUAUUCACUUCAAAAAAUCUGAACCCUUCUUUUCCUUAAGCAUCACUUAUCACACAAGAGCCGGCUGGAUGUUGUUUGUACUGUAGGGGUGCUGGUUUUCAGUCAAGCACAACUUGCGAGGUUAGUGAUUGCAGCAGGGGAGGAAGGUUUCACAAAGCCGCUGUGUCGUGAUCCGUUAUGUCUCCUCCUGUUGGAAGAACAAACUAAACAGUGAAGUGAUCAGCUCUGACUGGAGAUAAAGCACACAUUUUCAAAAGGACCAUAAGUUUUGCAGAAUUUGAAAUACUGUUUACAUCCCGGAACCAUUGUCUUUGUAAAAUGUAAAGGUAUGAAAAAGACAUUUGCAGUGAUCACAGUAUUAAAGUUUCUGAAAUAAAUAAAUGCCGUAUCGA